AUGAGUCGAAAUCGACCUACCCAACCUCUCCAUAUGGAUCAUGGAUCGUCACCUCAAGCUCUUCAUGCUGGAAAUCCCAGCCCCUCAAACUCACGCAAUAGGGCCUUCUCUCAAAACAACCGGGGUGGUCGUCGCUCUUCAGAGCCACGUCGCGGUGGCUCCCACUCAACUGAUAAUCGUCGCCCAUCCGGAACCACCACCACAAUACCAUCGCUGCCAUCGGGUUUCCCAUGGCCUCCAUACCCGAUCCCGUGGAAUCCCUACACCUUGUUAUAUCCUUCCUGGCAACAGCUCACUCGACCGACUUCUACUAGUUACCAACCGAUGAGAAACCAGCAGCCUGGAGUCCUCGGUACUGCUCCCAACUCGGGUUUACCAACUCAACGCCCCCCUGAAGCAGCUUUCUUUGCUGCCCCUCCACAUCAAAAUCUUGUUCCUCCAGCUCAAUGGUUUCCCCCGCUAACCCCGGAUGAGCCUACAGAUAUCACACAAGCCUUGAACUCGAUGCACAUAAAUGAUGGCUUAGAUACUCAGUGGUACAUGGACACAGGAGCUACCACUCAUCUUCCCUUGGACACAGGUAAAGUCACUACUUUUGGCAAAAACUGA